CCCGGUGCUACACGGCCGGCCAGGAAUAAGCAGCACAUGGGACAGACUGGGAGGAGCUGAUCAGGGACAAGGGGCUGGUGGCAUAAGAGUAAAGGAGGUGCGAUCACUACAGCGACACUCACACACACACAGACACACACACUGGCGGGGAAAGAGAUCGGGAGCGACAGGAGUGGGACUGUCAAACUGGAUCCGAGAGAAGUUGGGGGAGAGUCGGCCGGUUGUGGGUGGUCCUUCGUUCAGACCAGAGAGGUGACAGCUGUAGAAUUGAGUCUCUCCUGAGCAAUAAGUAGUGGCCCCAUGCUGUGUAUGUGAGUAACCCUCACCUGAAGAUACCUGCGCCCAGGAUACACCCCUCCCCUGUACCACUUACUCCCUAGCUCAUGCUCCCUACGGAACUUGCUUUAUCCGAUGACUGUAAUUCCAAUUCUGCCACAGGACAACCGACUGAUUCACCUCCAAAUCCUGCAACACAAUCCCGAGUCUCCUCGCGCCAGUAGAGCGCUGUUCACUUCAGCUAGAAGAUCCCACUUGUGUCUUUUCCAUCCAGUUCUGGGGUCUCGUUCUGGUUCCUGUGUGGAGCUCCGCGGCGCCCUGUUCCUGCCCGAGCAAUGCUGCCCAAAGUGGAGUCUGAAGCCCUGGGACUGUCCAGAUUACACGGGGAGCAGGGUCACAUGCCGGACAACAUGCAAGAUAUUUACUAUAUCGCGCGUGUGUGGUUGGUUCUCUCUUAUCGCCGAUUCGGGGUCGGUGGUGGAUCGCGUGUGUUCGUUGCUGCUUGUUAGGUCGCCUGUGCCUGGCAGAGUGCGAGUGUUUUCUUCUUCUGAAGUGUCCCAGUAUAAAAUGAUGGGCUACUCCUACGACGAUGAACUUGAGGAGCUUUGUCCUGUGUGUGGGGACAAGGUUUCAGGAUAUCAUUAUGGACUUCUGACCUGUGAGAGCUGCAAGGGAUUCUUCAAGAGGACAGUUCAGAACAACAAGAGAUAUACUUGCAUUGAAAAUCAGAGCUGUCCGAUUGAUAAGACCCAGAGGAAGAGGUGUCCAUACUGCAGGUUCCAGAAAUGUUUGAGUGUGGGCAUGAAGCUGGAAGCUGUGCGAGCAGACCGAAUGCGAGGAGGGAGAAACAAAUUUGGGCCAAUGUACAAGAGGGACCGUGCAAUAAAACAGCAGAAAAAGGCUUUAAUUCGUGCCAAUGGACUGAAACUAGAGGCCAUAGGUCAAGUCAUUCAGUCUAUUCCCACUGAUCUGACCAUUUCUUCAGCCAUACAGAACAUUCACUCAGCAUCCAAGGGACUGCAUCUAAACCAUGCUGCUCUGCCCCCAUCAGACUAUGACCGAAGCCCCUUUGUAACGUCCCCCAUCAGUAUGGCUAUGCCACCUCAUGGCAGCCUGCAGGGUUACCAAUCUUAUGGGCACUUUCCAAGUCGUGCUAUUAAAUCAGAGUAUCCAGACCCUUACACAAGUUCACCAGAAUCCAUAAUGGGAUAUUCAUAUAUGGACAGCUACCAGUCCAGUUCUCCCUCUAAUAUCCCCCACCUAAUUGUUGAACUCUUGAAAUGUGAACCAGAUGAACCUCAAGUACAGGGGAAGAUCAUGGCAUACUUACAGCAGGAGCAAGCCAACAGGAGCAAACACGAUAAACUCAAUACAUUUGGACUCAUGUGCAAAAUGGCAGACCAGACACUAUUUUCCAUUGUUGAGUGGGCAAGGAGCAGCAUCUUUUUCAGAGACCUUAAGGUGGAUGAUCAGAUGAAGCUAUUGCAGAACUGUUGGAGUGAGUUACUUAUUCUGGACCAUAUAUUUCGUCAAGUUCUACAUGGGAAAGAAGGUUCCAUUCUGUUGGUCACGGGACAGCAGGUGGAUUACUCUGUCAUUGUCACACAGGCCGGAGCCACACUAAAUAACCUCAUGAGUCACGCACAAGAUCUUGUUGCCAAGCUUCGUUCUCUGCAGUUUGACUUGAGAGAAUUUGUGUGCCUGAAAUUCCUGGUACUCUUCAGUCUGGAUGUCAAGACCCUGGAGAACUAUCAGCUGGUGGAAGGAGUUCAAGAACAAGUUAAUGCUGCUCUACUGGACUAUACCAUGUGCAAUUAUCCACAGCAAACUGAUAAAUUUGGCCAGUUGUUGCUACGGUUACCAGAAAUUCGGGCAAUAAGUUUGCAGGCCGAAGAGUAUCUGUAUUAUAAACACCUCAACGGGGAUGUGCCAUGUAACAAUCUUCUCAUUGAAAUGCUUCAUGCAAAGAGGGCCUGAACCAUUUCCCACCUGAACUACACACAUUGCAAAUACUGUUUAAAGACUUUGUAAAGGUUAAAAAAGGUAUAAUCAGAACUUUAAGUCAUUAAGUGAUGCAUCAGGGUAUUUGUAUUUCAAACUGUGAAAGACAUUACUUAUCUACAGAAGAUUCUAUAUGGACCUUUCUGCCUGAAUUCAAAAUGGCCUCCUGAACAGAACUGAGAACUAUUGUGUUUGUGUAAAAAAAAGAAGCUCCAAAGAGAAGCUCAGAAAAGAUUGUUCUGUUAAAUAUGUGUCAAAGAGAAGAACCUCAGAAGAUCCCUAUGUUCAACCUUCCCUUGCUAGCUGAGUACAAAUAUAAGUUUGCAGAUAAAGCCUAUGCAUUCUAUUGCAGUGUUUUGUUUCAUAUAUGGUUGGCCAAAAUUUAAACCAAAAAAAAAAAGUUUUCUAUACACACACACAUAUAUAUAUAUAUAUAUAUUAGCAUGUAAAUGACUCUCUCAAUUUGUUGGAUAAAUGCCUGCAAAAUGCAAAGCAUGGCGGUCAAGUAUGGCUUCCAUAUGUGCAAGGCCUGUGUUUCUCAGAUUACAUAGAGAACACCCCUGAUACUGUUCUGCCUCUUAGUCCAAACUAAAUUCAAUGCCUGGAACACCAGAGAGCUCAUAAUGGGUAGCUGGCACCUCUGGCACUUUAAGAGCUUUAAUGUGAAUUCUUAUGUCUCCAAAUGUGUACAAUGUAUUAAAAGGAAAGAAAGAAAAAAUGGUGAGAAUGAGCUGAUCACAUUUACAUCUUUCUUGAACCAGAGAAGCUUCUAA